UUUUGUUUCCCAACUUGAAAAGCUGGGGUGGGUGAAAACAGGUAAGAAGCGUUGGGGUUGUGAAUUUGAUGGAAAAAUCAUAAAUAUUUUCUCCAAACAAUAUUUAAAAAAUCCAUUAAUGAUGAGCUUAGCAACUAUCCACCAGACCAACUUAUUGGAAAGUGGGAAAUCCCAUAACUCUCUCCUGCCACUCUCCACCCAACUCUCUCACUCACCAAAUGCAGCAACUCAUUCAGCACAAAUAGAAAAAAAUCAUUUAUACAGACAACAAAAUAUGCAAUGGGUAUUUUACCUUUUGGAGUAGGCUACCUGGAGAAAUAAGUGCAUAGGGAAAAAAAAAAAUUAAAAAAAAAAAAUGUUGCAGUGAAACAUGGAGGUUUUGAUCAUGACUCGUGAGGAUGGGAAUCGCUUGCUUUGCACCAAAUUUCACCUGCUGAUAAAUGAUGGGAGAAAGAUGAAGCCAAAUUGAUAUCCUUGCAGGCACAAUUCAAUGAGCUUUUUUUUUGUUGGGCGUUGUUGUUCUAAACAUCUACCGAUUGGAUCGUGACAUGUUUAAGCUCCAAAUUUGGUGGCAGUAAUUUUAUCCAACAGUGUUUGUGCUUUAAGAAACCAAUUAAAGAAGUUUUUUAGGGGGUUAAGUCCAUCCUGUAGUAGCUAUUUGUUUCUUUCACUGUAAAGCUUUGAUUUUAAUGAUGCCCCCCAGCUCUAAUAUAGGAGAUGAACUGAAAUUUCAGCAGCGGUGGGAGAUUAGGAGGAGAAAAAAUGAGUAUGAUUCUUCAAGCGAGGAGUCCAAAUCAAGUUCAAGUAGCCAGCCGGUUCUCAAGAAGCUUAAACUAGUUUCCAGCUUUGCUUAUGAUGAAAAUGAUGAGGCCAUAGAUACUGAAAGAUUUCAUCAGAAGGGCAAGUAUGUUCCUGGCAAAGGCCGGGGAAAAGCUAAAUUUAGGAAAGAGAAAAAAAUGCAUAUUGAAAGGAGAAGAAAUGAAAAUUUAGUUGAUAAUGGGAUGGAGAGGGAUUCUCAUGAAGAACUUGAUAGAAAGAAGAAUAAUACUAGUGCUUAUGAUCCUGCUGCUGCACUGGAUGAUGUUAAAAUCUUCAUGGAGUCCUUGUUGGAGGAACUUAAAGAUGCUAGAGAAAACUUGUUUAGACGGAUGAGGGAGGAAAUGCAAAAAUUGGUGGCAGAUGAUACUGCUUCAAAAGCAGAAAGUAGAAAAGGAAGAUAUGGAAGGGGGAAGGGCCAACUGCAGCACCAAAACUACUUUGAGAAGAAUGUUCAAGUGCAGCAUCAAAACAACUUGAAGCAGACCACCCAAGUGCAGCAUGAAAGCAACUUCAAGGAGAAAAUCCAAGUGCGGCAUCGAAACAACUGUGAGGAGAACAUUUUGCAGCCUCAAAAAGAUUUGAAGUCUGGCAUGAGAGAACGAAGUUCCAAUCAUGGAUCUCUGAAAAGGUCUAUUGAUAGCAAUGGGGCAGCUGAUUCUAAUAAUUACUGUCAGGGACUUGAAGAUCAAGUUGAGUAUGGAAAAACUACUGGAUCUAUGGCAUCAAGAGCAAACAAAAAAGGAGAAUCAAAGUUGGUAUCAUCUGUUAUGCGAAAUUUUCAGUCUGGUAACUCAUUACAAGUGCAACAUCAGAACAAUAUUGUUUUAGGCUUAAGAGCUCAAAACUGCAACGAUGGGUCUUCAGAGAGAUCUGUUAAAGGCAAAAGGACUGCUGAAUUUAACAAUUGCUCAAAAGUACUUGAAGAUCGAGUUGGAUUUCUGCCAUCAACUGAAAAGGCCAAAGGGGAAAGGUUGGGAUUAACUACUAACCCAAUUUUUUCAUCUAAUUCCUCUACUCAGGUGGCUUCUUCUAUGUAUUUGUCAUUACCGACUGUACUACCACAGCCCUGUGCAGAGAAUUACAGGCUUGAGACUUCUUCAUGCAAUUAUGUUCACCCAAGAACCGGUGCGAACAAAAGGGACACGUGUUCAGAAAAUGCAAAUGUGAUGAUUGAUUCAAGUGCUUAUCGUGGAUGCUUUUCUGAGAUGCAGCAAGAAGAAAGAUUAGGAAGCUUUGCUCUAAACCAAAACAGCACCCCAGCCUCAAGAAGCAUUGGAACUGGACUCCCACCACUUCAUCAGGGUAUGGAUGUUGGUGGUUUUAACAUUCCAAGUCAGCUCGGUUUGAAAAAUGUACCCAAAGAAAAUCACAAAAUAUUAGGUCUAACAAUGAAUGGAGGAGCAAUAAGAUUUUCUGGGGAAAACCAUGCAUUGUCAGAACAAUAUCCUGCCAACAACUUCCACAGGCAUUCCAAUUAUAUUGCUGAUACAGGACUCAGGGGGUUUCAAAUCUCAGACUUACAAGAAAGUGGUUUGUUUCCAAAGUAGUUUGAAGGGGGUGGACACUAAACAAAAACAUCUCCAAUUGUUCCCAUGAAUAUAGAGCCUAUGAUGAUUUGUCUUAUCCUGCUGACUCAAAAAGCCCCCAUACUGAAUGAAUAUCUUGUUCCUUGAUUUGCUUCAACCCAUAUUGAGGUUUCUCUAUCAUUUUUUUUUGCUGAGAUUCAAGAUUUUUAUCAGUAGAAAGAGGCAAAGUUUUGGGAGGGAAUGUUAAAGGGGGUUGUUCUGUACCAUGAAAAGUGACUGUAAAUCCUCUCUUGAGAUCAUGAUGAGAUUGUAUGAAGAAUGGUGUGGGUGAGAGGUUGAAUGUUCAGUCAAUUGUCUAGCAUCUGCUUUUUAAUCCUUAGUGGGGGUAUCUGAAUCUAAAUUUUGAUGGUCUGCUUUUCUGUCCUGGCUCAGGUAUGUGCCUAAAAACCUUCCUAUUAAAGUCCCCAUGACAUUGUAACUAAAAUUCAACAGCAUGAGAAAGCGUUUUGCAGCUGGAUAUAUGCCUCAGCUGUGUUACAAAACUUGGUUUAAGUGGAAUAUUUAUUUCUUGUUGAUUUGGGAUUGAUUGAUGCAUUAGUAACAGUAAUGUUGAGUGCUAAUAUUUUAUA